CUCGCAGCUGUAAAGGCUGGACAGGUCAAUUGAGAUAUCAUACGUGGCACAUCUUCUAAGGUGGGCUCUGUCGGGAUUCCUCGUCCUCUUGCUUUACUCAAGGUGCGCGAGGCUGAGGCUCUCUUUCUUUCCUGAAGAGGGGAAUUCUGGGUCGGACGGUUGUGCAUCUUCCUUCUACGCAGUUAGCUGACAAAACAGCCUCUGCCCCCAACGUAGUACCGAAGCCUCUUCACCGAGCCUGAUCAGCUGGCGUCCACAUAGCCUGGUAUUGAUUCAUAUCUGGAGGGCAUUUUGAUUUGAGUUGAGGCACACUCGUUCAGGCUCCAUGCAACGACAAUAAGAUUUAUUGGUACCGGUCCCCAUCCCACAGAAAUACAAACAAGAUAUGAAGAUGUUCGGGAAGAAGAAAAAGCUAGAGAAGCAGCUGGCUGAGCUCUCGCUGCAGAAACAGCAACAAGAGCAAGCACAGAGAUGGAACGAACUCCAAAUGCAGGAGCAGCUUCGAGCGAAGGAAGAAGAAAUGCGACGCAAGGAACAAAUAUGGGAGACCGAGCGACUAGAGAGGCAGAGGCGAGAAUAUGAACUGAGGGAAGCGGAACGCCAGAAGCAGAAGGCGAUGGAAUGGGAAGAACAACAGAGAAAGGACAGAGAGGUUGUAAAACACGAGCGAGUCAAGAAAACGACACCCGAGGCCCUCCGCGGUCUGCGAGACCUGAUCCGACAGCGAUAUCAGCUUGACAUGGAGAUCUGGAGUUUGAAGGGGGCCCGCAAACCCGACCACCCGAUUGUCUUCGAGAAGAUGGAAAAGGCCGACGCAGUAUUGCAGGAAAUCUGUGCCAUGGUCGAGACCUGGGAGGAGAACGAAGCAUUCUGGACAGCACAGGAAUGGGUUCUGGCUUCCAAAAUUAAGGAACAGGUGAUGAAGAGCGGAAAGAGAGUCUGGAGGAAUAAUCCGCCGUGGAAUGGAUGAGGCGUGGAUUGAGCAGAGACGGUUGGCGGACGAAGUUGAGAAUGACAAGGAGAAAUACCAAGAUGAACGGAUCCGCGUAUGUACAUAGAUACAUACGUAGGCACAGAGAAACAAUUGAGUGGAUGAGAAGGGGUUGUUGGAGUGAGUGAGUGAGUCUGGUGAAGCAGUGGGGAACUCUCGACUGGCCCGGCCCGCUUGGCUAGGAACGCAGGGUUGAAUAAGUGGACGUCGCAACUAAUUCAUCAAGUAUCGCAUUACAUCGCAUCGCCUCGCAUCUCAUAGACACUCUCAAUGAAGGAACUUUGCAUAUG